AUGCGCUUUCACAUUUUUGCGGGCUUGAUUGCCUUUGGCAGCUGCCUCGGAGUCCAUGCCGCUGGACUUGUUGUUGCUGCGGUUCAACCCUCUGCUGCUGUCACGGCUCUCCCCUCCGUUGCUCGUCCCACCGACACCGGUCCUCUCAACCCGACCAUUGUCACCCACCCUCACCAUCCCUGGCCCGUCUCCCCGAUUCCUUCCAGCACCUUCUCGGUCAUUACCGUCUCGCCCUCGGCCUCAGCCAUCCCCGUUUUUUGCCCUCGCGACAACAACACCCUCUGGACCGACCAUGUCACGAACAAUGUAUACCAAGUCGAAUGUGGUAUCGACUACUAUGACCUAGCGGCCAACUGGAACUUCAACGAGGGCAUGAGGCACAAUUGGGAGGAGUGCGCAAAGUGGUGUGCAGAGUAUGACUACUGUCUCGCCUUCAGCUACAUUGCAGGCAUCCCGUUGAAGCCCAACUGUUGGUUGAAGACCAGUCUGAGGGGGCAGACGCUCAACUGGAAUAGUUGGGCAGGCAAGUUGGUUAAAGCCGGUGUUGGUAUCUCUGCCCCUGGACAUGAUGGCGGAGGCAGAGGUACGGCUGCCAAUACUGUUGCCGGUCUUGCGAAGGAGACAACUACAUUCCUGGCGGUUGGGGUUGAUACGACUACCAUCCUUGUCGAGGGAACCGCGGUCACAACCGCUGUCACUACCGUUGUCACGACCGAGUUGGUAAAGCCUGUUGCCCCCGCCCCUGCUACUACACUCAGCAUUGCAACCAGCUCCGCACUCCCUAAUCCCACCGCCAUCGCUGUCAGCUGCAAUAACGAAACCUGGUGGGCAGACGAGAAAGCUUCGUGGCGUGCCAUUGAGUACUUCUGCCAGGGUGGUCACGACGGAACUUUCGGCGGCCAUGUUUCUGACAAGAUGAUGCACGGGGAGAACUCCAUUGCUGCCGCCUACUGGCCCUACAACGGCACCGCAGUCAUUACCAGCGUCGUUUCCAAGGCAGGUUGCACCGUGGCACUUGACAGAAACCUGUGCAUGCAGAGAUUCAGGGCGCCCAUGUACGGCUGUGACUCAGAUGUCAGGUAUGAGAAACGUGGUGGAUCAGCUUCUGAUGGCUGCUCCAACUGGAAUAUUCACAUGCAGUCGUGGCCGAGUGUUGGGCUCUGCCAGGAUCAGGACCUGGGAGGUGCGGGCGUGUGUGCGACUUGGAGCACUGGUUAUUCUUCGGGCGCUGCCGCAGAUGGUGGCUUGAGGGUUGACUGGUUUCCUCGUGGCUAG